AUGAUAGAGAUCAUCCCUAGCCUAACGAACCGCGAAAGUAUAUUCAUCCUGAAUUUCUACAGCAGUCCCAAAGCUCCAAGACAACGCUUCAAAGCCCUAAUCACCAAGGCCACGCAACUAGCGCGCGACUCCCCUUUGAUCAUAGCUGGUGACUUCAACGCGCCGUACCACACCUGGGGCUACCCAUAUAACACUAACAAGGGGCAGGACCUCUGGCGUGAGGCUCUAAACCUAAACCUGAUGCUAGUCACGGACCCAGCGUUACCCAGCAGAUGCGGAACAUCGUCAAGCCGUGACACGACACCGGAUCUCACAUUUGUCAGUAGCAUUGCAGCGAUCAAGUGGACGAACCUCAGGGUAGAUUUUGGUAGCGACGAUUAUAUCUUGGCCACGCACCUCCAGGUCGUCCAGAAGAGACAGCGCAUGUUCCAGUACACAGACUGGGACAAAUUUCGCAAAAUUAGGGAAGAGCGAACGAAGAGUGAGGACAAGCCUAAGCUCGAACAAUGGAUUGCACAGGUUAGACACGACAUCAAAGCUACCACCAAAGAUGUUUGUACCAACCUUCCGCUGGAAAAGGUGGACAGCCGUCUGGCUCACCUGUUGGAGGCCAAGCAGUCCCUCCUCGCCAGGUGGAAAGGACAACGGCUCAACCGCAGGCUAAGAAAAAAGAUAUCGAAAAUCAACAGAACUGUAGAGAAACAUUGCAGAGCCCUCUCUAAACAGCAAUGGGACGAGGUGUGUAACUCGAUCGAUGGGCAGAUGCGCAAUGGGGGUACCUGGAACCUCCUAAAGCAUCUCCUUGACGAGACGAACACUGAAACUAACCAACGCAACACACUGGCGCGCCCGCUACACACAGCCAAGCGAGAAUAUUCGAGCAAGAAAAUUUUAUUCAAACUCGUGCAGAAGUACCUAUCAGUCGCAUCGGGCCCUACACCACCUUCCCCUGACUACGAAAGCUCCGAGAACCCUGAGCUCGACGGAGAAUUCGGGAUUGAGGAGACCAGGCAGGCGCUCCACGCACUCAACGGCAGAUCCUCUCCGGGUCCGGAGAAGAUCACAAACAAAGCUCUACGGAACCUGGACGAGAAGUACAUCGAAUACCUAACGGACAUCAUAAACCAAGCAUGGAGCAGUGGUAAAGUCCCGGAAAUGUGGAAAUCGGCCAACACCAUUCUCAUCCCCAAGCCAGGCAAGCCACCCAGCCUCGAUAACCUACGCCCGAUUUAG